GGUUUAAUCAAAGAAAAAGGUGGAAAUAUUUUUCGUAAUUGGUCAUUUAUUUUUUAGAAGCUCUCGGGAUUCUCCCCAUGCUCGGCUGUCAAGGGACCUUUUGAAGUGGUAGAUAAGCCGAGCAACGCGGCGCGGGUCCCACGCGACCCGCCGCUGUUCCCACGUGUCUUGCUGCAUGGCGCCUGUGUAUGGGACACGGGCGCAGGCGGCGGCGGGGGGCGGAAGGCGCCGCUCCGCCAACCCACCUAUUAGUUCCCCGUUUCCCCGCUGCUCUCUCGCACUGUUCUAUCUUUUUCCUCUCGUGAUAUGGCAUACAUGGUGCGGAGCUUCUCGCUGAUCGGGCGGCUGCUCUUCUCGUCGACGCUGCUUUGGGCCUCGUUGUUUGCCACACCCGGGCCCAGGACGGUCACCGCCGGCCGUGCUGUGGGACAAUGGGACCCCACGAUUAGGUUGCCGACGGAGCGGGCCGGGCUCGAUGGCCUUGGCGGUGGUGUUGACGAGAAGGAACAAGAGGACGAGGAAACGAGCGGGACGAGGUGGGCGCUGCUCGUCGCCGGUUCCUCUGGUUACGGCAACUACCGCCAUCAGGCAGAUGUGUGCCACGCUUACCAGCUGCUGAGGAGAGGAGGGCUGAAGGAGGAGAACAUAGUGGUGAUGAUGUACGACGACAUCGCCAACAGCCCGCUCAAUCCCAGGCCUGGGGUCAUCAUCAACCAUCCCCAGGGCCAUGACGUCUACGCCGGCGUCCCCAAGGAUUACACAGGGAAACAAGUGACUUCUAAGAACCUGUAUGCAGUGCUCUUGGGGAUUAAGAGUGCAGUCACAGGUGGAAGUGGAAAGGUUAUCGAUAGCAAACCCAAUGAUCGAAUAUUCAUAUACUAUUCAGACCAUGGAGGCCCUGGUGUUCUCGGCAUGCCAAACAUGCCGUAUCUUUACGCUGUUGAUUUUAUCGAGGUGUUGAAGAAGAAACAUGCAAUGAAUAGCUACAAGGAGAUGGUUAUCUAUGUGGAAGCAUGCGAGAGUGGCAGUAUAUUUGAAGGUCUAAUGCCAAAGGAUCUCAAUAUCUAUGUAACAACAGCAUCAAAUGCAGAGGAGAGCAGUUGGGGUACGUACUGCCCGGGAAUGGAUCCUCCUCCACCUCCUGAGUAUAUUACCUGCCUUGGAGACUUAUAUAGUGUGGCAUGGAUGGAAGACAGUGAAACUCACAAUCUGAAGGAGGAGACUGUAAGCAAGCAAUAUGAAGCGGUGAAGGUGAGAACAUCAAAUUACAACACAUACAGUGUAGGCUCCCAUGUGAUGGAGUAUGGAGACAAGAACAUCAAACCUGAGAAGCUCUAUCUUUACCAAGGCUUCGAUCCCGCUAACGCUAAUAUAACCGAGAAUGGACUUUCACAAAGGAUGCAGAUGGGAACCAUCAAUCAGAGGGAUGCUGAUCUUCUCUUCUUGUGGAAGAGAUAUGAACGGUUGGCUGAAAGCUCAGAAGACAAGAGGAGAACCGUCAUGGAGAUUACAGAAACGAUGAUGCACAGAACGCACCUUGACCGUAGUAUCGACUUGAUCGGGAAGUUAAUUUUUGGGUCAAACAGUGGCCCUGCCAUCCUCAGGGCUGUGAGACCAUAUGGCCAAGCUUUGGUUGACGAUUGGGAUUGUUUGAAGUCAAUGGUUCGAUCAUUCGAGUCUCACUGUGGAUCGCUCACACAGUAUGGCAUGAAACACAUGCGGGCGUUCGCAAACAUAUGCAACAGAGGUAUCUCCAGGGACGCGAUCAAGGAAGCCAGUGCCAGCGCCUGUGGGAACUAUAAUUCGGCAAUGUGGAGCUCAUCGAUGCGUGGUUACAGCGCCUGAACGACGAGUUGUAG